UCGAAUUUUGUCAAAUAGCCUUCGUCAAUUUUUUUUUUCAUUCUUGUUCGAAACAUCGUACAGUAACAAUGAAUUUCUCGAUCCUCGUGCUUUUAACUAUCGGUAUUAAUUAUACCAGAGCAUAUCAUAAAAUUAGUGCGACGACGGAACAUUCAAAAAUAAUUCAUAGAUCGUUACGAGAAACUACUACGAACAGUGGCAAUGUACAAAUACCCGAGAAAAAAAUCUCUUUGACGGAUAUUCUGUACUCGAAACAGAAUUUGACUAGAUUAGAAGAAUUGGAAAGAAAUAUGAAGAAAGAAGUUGACUCUUCGAAUAGAAAAUCGAAAAUUUUAAGAAGUUUGGCUUUCCUAGCCGGUUUAAGUGUCGGUAAUUUGACAAAUGCAGCGUCGACCGACGUAAAAACUUAUACUAAACUUCCAUCGUUGAACGUCGAUGGAACAUCUCGAAUUUCAUCUCCCGUUGCCGCGAUCUAUAAUCCUUAUCCUUACGUCUCGUAUCCUUAUAUAUUUGCCACUCCUGUAGGAUUUUAUCCCCCUUUGUUGGAUUUAUUAAGAUUACAAUCAAUUAAUGGAUUACAAAACGUCCAACCGAGUUCGUUAAAUCUAUUGGGCAACAAAAUCAUUGAUCAGUUGAAGGACGAGUAUGUAGAGGAGGCUCAAAAAAUCGAAAGUAUCAAAACGCCAAACAUCGACAAAAAUACAGAGGAGGAGGAGGACCAGAACGAAGAAGGCAAGAAAGAAGUUAACGCGAAGCAGAGUAACACGUUGAAAAAUAUCGUCAAAGAUAAUUCUUUUACGAUAGGAUUACGAGCCGCGAACACAACAACAAGUAACACAACGUCUGGAAAUAUGACCCAAACUGACAAUUCGACUCAAACAAGUCCACAUUUUUACUACGGCGGAUAUCCACAAAAUAUACACCAUAUCGAUUUCACUACGAAAUCGUACGACCCUUAUUAUCACAGUUACGAGCACAUCAAUUAUGAUUUACCCUCGUACAACAAACCCGUAAAUUUUUACCCGGAUGAAACGUAUAAUAAUUAUUAUCCCGUUGCACAUGUUCAUGAUCAUCAUUAUCCAGGUCAAUUUCAUCAACAAAUGCCCGAAUAUCAUUCUAACGAUUUCAAAAGAUUUUUGUAUACACCUGACGAUAUACCAUCAUUCGCCAACAAUGAUUUCAAACCUAUAAUAUAGAAUCAAACCUAUAACGUGUAAUUGUAACGUGCAAUGUAAUGUA